AUGGCCGCGCGACUCCCCGUUAGCCAGAUGCCGGCCAUGUUUGUCCGACGACAGCCCAGAGUCCUCCGUUCGUCCCGACGCCUUCAAUCAUCCUCCUCCAUUCAAACCCAGAACCCCGCUUAUCCUCUAUACCCCUCCGUCAUUCAACUCCUGCACCAGAAGGGAAUUCCCGAGUCGGAAGUUUCCAAGAUUCCCGCAUCUGGCCCCAAGGGUCGUUUGCUUAAGGGUGAUGUGCUCGCCUAUCUCGGCCAAAUUGCCGCCGAGUACCCAGCCAACCAAGCCGCAUCAUUGGCCAAGCUUACACACCUGGACCUGAGCAACAUCAAGAUUGCGGCGCCAGUUUCCAAGCCCGCCGCACCGGCCGCGGAAGAGAAGAAGGAAGUUGUCGUACAACCGCCGCGCAUGACCUCAAUCGCGAUCACAGUCUCUUUGUCUGCUGUUCUCUCUGCGCAGAAGAAGAUCCAGGAGAGCCUGGGUGUCACUGUGCCCUUGUCGCGCUUCCUGGCCAUCGCGACCGAUCUUGCAAACGAUGCGCUACCACGCGCCAAGAACGAGAAGCCUUCUUCGGACGAGCUGUUUGAUGAGGUUCUCGGAGCUGCACCUGUGAAGACGUCGCGUGGCGAAUACAUUCCCGAACUCAACGCCUUCGAGGCCCCCGUGACCCGUCAAUCUCAGCCCGUGGUUGAGGACAUCAUUGACAUCCUCAGUGCUAAGUCGGGCAAGAAGGUCGCUGCUAGCCCGGUUCCUGCUAUGGAGGCGGGCGCCGCGCAGAACGUCUUCAGCCUCAAUGUUCCCGCCGGCGAGGAGCUCCGCGCCAAGACCUUCCUCGAGCGAGUGAAGACUCUUCUGCAAGUUGAGCCUGCUCGCUUGGUGCUAUAG